AUGAGAAUCAACGACGGCAAAGCUACACAUUUCUCUGCUUCAACUUUCCAUUUAGAUCAUAUUACUACGGCUCUCAACUGUUUAACACCCUUUGAUAACAAGCAAGAUGUGUUGAUAUUUAUUGACGAAGAUGGAUUAUCAUUUGCUCGUGAAUGUAAUCAUACCAUAAGAAUCCAAUUAUUCUUAUCGAGAGAUCUAUUUGCAUCGUAUUCCUACCAUAAUGAGUUAGGCGACCAGAGUACAUUGUGCGUUAAUAUGAAUUAUCUUUUGAAUAGCUUUAACGUUGCUCAUAGAAAUGUGGAUGACGCUCUAGAAUCUACACUUUCUUAUAAUGGACCUGGUACACCAUUACAAUUAAUCUUUGAAGAUUCUCUAAUAUCUGAAAGCGUUGAAUAUCAUACUUACCAUGUAUCAAGCCUUGAUACCAUUGGAUUAAAAUUGGAUAGAGAUCAAGUUCUUUUCGAAUGCAUUGUUAAAGGUGAUGUACUCUAUUCCGCUAUCAAGGAUCUUAAAGAGAUUGGAUGUCGUGGAUGCUGUAUAUUUGCAAAAAUAGAUGAAGAUGGCGAGAAUACCUUUGCUCUUCUCUCCAAAUCUCAACUAGGAUUCUCAAGAAUUAAAUUACCAAGUAGCAGGUCUAUUUUGGAAAAAUUGGAAGUUUACGAUGGUGAUAGUACCAGUUUAGUUUAUGAUAAACCGGUAUUAGGAUUUUUUGAUUUUAAUUCAUUUGAUAAAAUUAGGCAAAGCACUAAAGUGGCUAGUAAAGUUUUGUUAAGAAUGGAUGUUCAUGGUCUUUUAAGCGUCAACAUACUGAGUAGAACCGAUGAUGUGAUAUUGACAGAUACAAGAUCUAAUAGUAAUAAUAAUGAUAAUAAUUAUGGGAAUCAUCGUAAACAGUUGUCAGGAGAAUAUCCGGGAAUUGUCAUUGAAGUUUGCAUGUUAGAAAAAGAAAAUAUCGAUGAAGCAGAUCAAGAGGAAUUUCAACUUCUCAUGGAGAUUAAUGAGUUGGAAAGAACUAGUAGGUUUUCAAAAAAAUCAACAUAUAGAAGAAGACAACCGGUAUUCAAUCAUGGUGGUGAUUUUAGUGAAUCCUCUACAGAUAACCUGCUGGGACUCACCAACGCAAGGGUGGAACCAAUUUCACCGCAGAAAAACGGCGACGUUUCACCUCGUUCCAAUAAUAACGAGAUUCCACUAUUUUUUUAG